CGCUAACAUCAAGCUUCCCAGCACCUGGCUUGGCAUCACCAUACCCCAUACCAUGUUUGCUCUCCGCAAACAACUACAACACCAACGACAACCCAAACUUGAUCCGCAACCGUUCUGGCGACGAUAAACCGGGGUGAGGUACCAAGGACUAUCAUUGUCGCGUUGGAAACCUCAUUGUCAAUCCUAAAGCCACGUCUAUCUCGAGCAGAUCCACCUCGAAUUACACCACCGAGUCGGUUCACGCAUAACAUCCACCACCUGCUACAUAAAUACCUGUACCUAGAUUCAAGCGACCCGAGCAUUUCGCGAACCACAAGCUCUAUAACAAGAGAGUCUCGUCAUACCCUCGGCCAACCAUUCUGAAAACAAUAACCCGCGGGUAUCAAUCAACCAACCAACCAACCAGCCCGCCAUGUCUUUCCUCUCGAUCUCACCACCACCGACCCCUUCCGGCCCCGUCCCCGCCGGUCUCAUCAAUCCCGGCAUCCUCGCCCCCUCCUCACUCGUAGCACUUCUCUCCGCCCUCCUAAACCCGCAAACCGGCUCCCUCAUACACGUGGUCCAAUCCCUCUCCGUGCUCCUCUCCGCCUCCGCCACGGGCGCCUCCCUCUCCCUCUCCUUCUUUCUGGUGCCUCGCCUUCUCGAGUCGCCCACCCCGCUCAUGCUCACCCAGUGGCGGCGCACCUACGAGCAGACGUUUUCCACUUUGAACCGGGCCGGCGCCGCCGCGGCGUUGGGCUAUCUCUUGCUGGCCUGGCGUUUUGGUGUUCGGUAUUCUUCGGAAAUCGUGAGUGGUGGGAGAGGGAUGCAAGCGUUGAAGUUGGUGAAGAGGGGGAGAAUGUACGCUGUCGCUGGAGCGCUGUUGGUGUUGGGUAUGGCGCCGUAUGGGUGGGUGGUGCUCGGAGGGGUGGAGAGGAGGUUGGUGGCGAGGGCGGAGGCGGUGGAGAGGGCUAUGAGGCAGAAGGGAGUGGAUGUGGAGGUUGGGGAGUUGGGCGGUGGUGGGAGUAGUGGGGGGCUGAAGAGGAGGCAGUCGGUCAGGGGAAAGGGUAUGGAGAGGGAGAAGGGGAGGGAGGGUUGUGGUAAAGAUGGUAAGGGGAAGGGUAAAGAAAGAGAGAAGGAAAGGGAAAGAGACGUAGAGGAGGAAUAUUCUUAUAGGGAAGGUGACGAUGCGGUUGGCUUGGGCGAAAAGGUGGAUAUGAAGGCUGUGGAAGUCGGGGCAAAGUAUUGGGUUGAUCAAUGGGGUGUGUUGAAUCUGGGCAGAGCAGCGAUGAUAGCUGCUUCUGCGGUUAUGGGAUUGAGUGCUUCGCUAUGGAACUAGAACCGGGCAGAAUGGAUGAAUCGAAGCUGUUUGGUUGGCAAGAGACGUGAAAGAGGAUUGAGCCUACGGGAUGUUGAAGCGUCACUUGGAAGAACAAUUUGGAUGGACGAUCACAAGCUUGGUAGCAUCGAGAUAAGCAGAAUAGUGAAAUAGGGUUUCCAUUUGGGUUCAUACCAAUAAGUCAAAUGCUAUGCGUCUCUUUCGUGCAACGAAAUUGGCUCUCAAAACUGCCAUGG